UUCACCGAACAAAAAAGAAUCGAACUGGCAUCAAAAAAGUCAAAUACUAAAGAAAACGAAGGCGAGGUUAAGAAAAGUAAUACCGCAAAAAGUGUAAAAACAUCCAGUAGCAGUAUUUCGACUUUUUCUUCUUGGAAAAAUUCAAUUGUACAUUUCAGGACUUCUGUAACUAUUGGCUCAAAUGAUGUUCUUCGCAAUGUUGAACCUGUGAAAAAUGCUCUUGUGAACCACUUUGAAGGACUCAAAAUUUUCAAAGUUCACAACCCUUUUGAAAGAAGAGUGACAUCUAUAGCUUGUCAUCCUAUAUACACUAAUUAUGUUGUUGCUGGCUCUAAAGGAGGUGAAUUGAUCCUAUGUGAUUUAAACAGUCCCCGUACUGUUUGUUGUCCUGGAGUCGGCCCAGGUGGAUCAAUUGUAGGAUUGAAGUUUAACAUAAACGAUCCUUCUCUUGUAUACACAGCUUCAAUAACAGGGAAUGUUAAAGAAGAAAAUCUGACUGAUCAGUCAAAGUCAAAGACUUUUCUUUCAUCUGGUACAUUCGAAAAAUUGAUCUUUUCUGGAGACUGUCGUGGCAAUGCUUACUUAAUAACUACCGCUGGUCAAUCGGUUUGGCCCAAAAGCAAAAAAUUGCAUUGUGAUAAAAUUUCUCAUGUGGAAUUUCAUCCCAGGGAUCCAAAUGUGUUUGUGACUGCAUCUAUAGAUCAUUCUGUAAAACUCUGGGAUUUAAGGAUGAUGGGUGAUCCGGACUCAAAAGGAAGGUAUCACCCUACUGAAAUUUUUCCUCAUCUAAAAGGUGUAAAUUCAGCCUAUUUCAGUCCAUCAAAUGGUUGUUCACUUUUAACAACAGACCAGCACAGUGAGCUCAGAGUUUAUUCUUGCGAAAAUUGGAAAAAAUUCAAGGUCAUUCCUCAUCCUCAUCGACAAUUCCAACAUCUAACUCCUGUUAAGGCAACAUGGUUUCCUCUUGCUGAUAUUGUGGUGGCAGGACGUUAUCCUGACGACAACUUUCAGCAAGCUGAUUCACGCACUAUAGAUUUUUUUGAUGGCAGCACGGGAAAUGUUCUUUACAGGAAAGAUUCAAAAUUGAACAAAAUUCACUCGCUUAAUGUCUUCAACUCUUCUGGAGAUGCUAUGAUAUCUGCAACUGGAGCUUCACUGCUUCUUUGGAAAAAAGAAGAAUGCUAUGCUAGUUCUGACAGCUGUUUGCCUUGUUCUGUCAGUGGCACAAGAAGAGGAGAACGUGGAAGAAGGCCUGCAUUAAAUAAAAAGUUCUGGGCAUCUCUGUGUGGAAGUAUCAACAGCGAUCGAAGACCUCCACUUUUCUAAAAACUUGCAGGAAAUGCAAUUGUUUAAAGUCUUGACGGGAAAUACACUGAUGAACAAAGGUUAUCUUAUUAUAAUUCACUUAAACAUACUUAUUGUGGUAUUUUGAGGAACCCCUUGUUAAAUGCGCAACCAAAUAGGACUUUCUAUGAGCUUUUUGGGUUGAAAAAAUAGGUUCAUUGUAAUCUCAAAACACAUGUCUGUAAUCUGUAAUAUUAAUUACUAUUUUUUACAACGCUUUUUUUAUACAUUUUUUUGACAAUCUCUUGUUGAUGUUUGAAUCUGUUUGUAGUAAUGAGGGUAAUUUAUAUUUUUUCAUCUGGAAUAUAUUAUGUAAAAUUUAAACAAGCAGUUAUAAGUAAAAAAAAAACUUGCAUCGCAAUGUAAGGUUGGCGAUACAUUACUAUGUAGAAAUCCGACAUCGCCCAGCCCUACUAUGCAUGUUCUUCUUGUCUAUACAUGUAAAUGGCAUUUACUUUUUGUGAUUUGUAAUUGUUGAAAGAAAUUCAAUUUAUAUUUUUGUGUUGAUACUUAUAUACUUUGUUUUUUAGUUUAGUUUUCUACUUGAAUAUAUUUUGUUGUGAAUUAAA